AUGCUCCGGACCUCGAUUGUCAAGGUUGCCCGCCCCGCGCUGCUCUCCCGGGCCACUUUCUCGACUACUGUGCGCGCCAUGUCCGCUGGUGACACUGGCGCUCCGCCGAAAACUGGCGGUUUGGGCGAUGCCUUCCAGCGCCGUGAGCGUGCUCAGGAGGAGCUCGCCAUCCGCCAGCGCGAGAGGGAGAAGCUCCUGGCGCUCAAGAAGAAGCUCGAGGAGCAGCAGGCCCACCUGAAGCAGCUUGCGGACCACAUUGACGAGAUCACGAGGGACCAGGGUGGCGAGCAGAACUAA